UCUGAAAGAAGGGAAGCGUUUAAAGGUUCGGUGUUGUCAGUGCGGAGACCCCACGGACUGCACCCACCAACGAGAGGGGAGGACGGGGCUCUUCAGCGCAGAAGGCGCUUUUUCCCCCUCUGAAUUGUACCGUGUAAAUAAGGUUGACUAAUCCAGUGAGAAAUCCCUGCGCAGCUCAAUCCAGAAUCAUAGAAGGGCUUCAGUUGGAAGGGACCUUGAGGAUCGUUGAAUUCCGACCCCAGAUAUCACGUCUGUCGGCUCAAGUUAUUAAAAAUUCUUUCCCCGGUGUUUAAGGGCUAUGCUUAUGUUCAAAAUGACAUCCAGGCCGUGUCUCCAAAAUGCAGCGAAAGUGAAGCAUUGUAAGCAUGAGUCCCAAAUUUUUCUGCAUGCAAAUAGGCUUUGUGGCUUCUGGGGCAGUUGAGCCCUGUUCUGCAAAAAAAACCACACAGAGGAAGUCCCUGAAAUGCUAAAUGAAAACUGGCGUGUGGGAGCUCAGAGCUGGAUCGGCUUCCUCUGUCUUAUCAUCCAGAAACAGCGCAGUGUCUUUUCAACACGACACUACUUUCCAUUAAGUUCAGCAAUUAUUCAUUUAUAACUAAAGACCACUUGUCAGGUGAUGUCAAAUAAGAAAACUCAGAUGUUAACUGUGGGCAAAGUUCUUACGUGUCAGUAGGCAAGGAAGUCAUUGGCUUGCUUCUGAUUUCUGCAUUAAGAAAUUCAAGCUUAUUCUUACUGCCUGAGUGCUAAAGGUAUGCUUGUGACUUAUUCCAGGCUCUGUUAAUAUUCAGGCUUACCUUUCCAUUGGCUUUAUGUAGCUUUUUAAUGGUGGAUGGUGCUUGUAUAUGUGCGAUGCAGCUAACAGGGAUUCGUUCAUUAAUUUGAUGGAAGUCUGCUAAUCUGGGGAUUGUUCUGAAAGCGAACAAAGAAGUGUAAAAGCAGACUUUUGAAGCAGAACCGCAUAUUUGGAACUUUGUGCAGCAAAUAUGGGGUUUGCUGUUGUAGGAUGACUUUGUGUUCAUGAUUUAGUGGAGGACUUAUUACAGUUGAGAGGGGAAUUAAAGCUGCUCUGUAGGUAGGUGUGGUAGAACAUGCUUACAAACUAACCAUUAUCUUGGCGUUGUCAUAAACUAUGUGCCCUGAUGACAACUGUGUUAGCAAGUAGAGUCCUGCAAAUUCCUACCCACAUCAGUAGUGCCGCUGCAGUGAAUGGGUCUGCGUGCAUGAGGAAUCAUUGGACAGAGAUUCUCCUGUUAUAAAAGGAAAUAUCAUUGUGUGCAAGUGUUUCUGAACAGAAGAGUAUCUGUCAUGAUUUUUUCAGCCUGAUAUUUUAAUCUUACGUAGUCAAAAAUGCACUAAUAUGUUUUCUUUGGCUCUCCAAUGUUACAUAAAUAGGUAGGAGUGCUGCUGCCAUGGGUGUAAUGAUACUUUUUGCCUGCUUGUGUUGCAACAAUGAAUAGUUUAAGGUUUUGAAAGUUUUUUCAAGUGUUAUUUUUUCUUUUUUUUCCCCUUGCAUUUUGAUAUUUUUCGGUAAUAUAGUGUUUGGGCUAUUGUGUAUUUAACGUAGCUGCAUUUAGGCAUUUUGUAUAAAUGCAAAAAAAGGAAAAACAGUUGAGUCUUCAGGGUUUCAAACACAGUAAUGCUUGCCCCUGGACCUGUUCCUGCACAUGAGCUGAUGCCGUGCAAGCAGUGAGCUGCAGUGUUGCAGUGCAGGGGGUCCUGGUGCUCAGUGGGGGCAAUGGGCUGCCAGCCCCUCCUGUGCUGAGGGAUAGUGGUGUGCUGGGUGCUCCAGCACUCCACGUGCUUACACAGAGCUCGAAAGUGCAUCAGAUGCAUUUGACAAGCUGUCAAAGGCCAGUGAGUGCAUUUCCCAAGAAGGCCAUGUAGUUCAGCUGUUAUAAUUAAGGGAUUCUUUCAGGAACUGACUCUAUUUUUUUUUUCCUUUCUUUUUUCUUCUGACUGUCUCUUGAUUGUGAAAGAGCAAUGCAAUGCGUGGCUUGUGUAAUUUAAAUAUUGCUGGAGAAAUGCAUUUUAAUUAUUGCUAGAGGCAGAGGGGAGAGAUACAUGAUUCCAGCACUUGGGUGCCAUCAGGCGUCCUGAAGCAAGGUGUGAUGGGACAUGUGCUUGGCUCUGAGCACUGUGCUGUGUUUCAGCUGCCUCUGAGCCCCUUUCUUCUGCUGAAAUAUUCUGGCUGUUCUGCUUUCUCCACUAUGAUACUGAAAAAGAGCUGCAUCUGACUGUGUUAUGUACCAGCUACCAGGUCUCCUGAAAGUAAUUCUUCAUUACAACAUAGUGUUUGGUCGGUGUCCCACAGUGGAGAUUUCUAAACUUAUCUAGGGGUCAAGAGCAGCAGGAAGUCAGGGUGGCUCUGCCUGCCCCCAGCAGGAGGCUGUGCUGGUGCUUGGCCUGGGCCCUGCUUCCCUUUGUGGAAAUGCCCAGUAUUACCAAGCUAGUUAAAGAAACCUCUUUAUUUCCAGAAUAAGGCAUCUGAAUUUUUAAAGGAUGCGUGCACAUGAAAAUAAUAUUUUAUAUAAUUAAAAAAAAAAUAGUGAUGGUGUUGUUAUACUUCUGAACUUGUGAGUUGUGGGGCUGUGGGGAAAAACUUCUGCUCCACUUCAAAGCAGGUUAAAAGCAAGUCCUUUUGUUGCAGUCUCUUGUUAGCAGCUAAUGGCUCAUGCCUAGUUCUGCCUCUCAGUCAUUCUUUCUAUGGCGUGGUCAUGCUGUAAUCAGUUAUGUGUAGGCCAGCCCUUACUGGACCACCGAUAAGAUUGAGUAACUUCUCUCAUGAUGGUGAUGGAAGUAAUCGGAAUGCUGGCAGUUUGAUGUACUCAUUGGAGAUGCUGCAGGGAGCACGCUGGCAGACACUGCUUAUGUCAGUUGCUUAUGUCAGAAGACUGAAUCCUCUGUUCCGCUUCGGCUGAGAGACAGCCUGGCUGCCAGGAGCUGGUUUCUGCCUGAAGCAUGUGGUAACGUUUUCCUUAAGUAAGCACUUCUAUAUAGUAUAUAGCAUUGACACGUGAUGUGUGGAAGUGUCUCCACGUGUGCCUCCAAACGCAGUAAUUGAUGCUUACCACUAAACCAAUCUGAUUUUGAAGAGAAGCUUGUGAAGUGGGUUUGGCGGUGCUUCAUGCCGAACUGCUGUAACUGGGUGGUGGGUUAUGUUUUGUGCUAGCGAUUCUGUGCUUCUUCCCUUGCGCCUCCCCAGAUCACUCACUAAAAUUAUUUAUCUCACCGUUUGAAAGGUAUGCUGUGAAUUCCUGUCAUUGUGCUGUGUUGGUACAACGCCAGCCGCAACACAGCUUGUGCUGGAGUUGUUGGUCAGGUGCUUUCUGUUGGCUUCUGUCACGGCCCUCAUCCCAUGCCCAUCUGAGCACAGCAGCACGUUUGCACGGUAUGCUACAUGCUGGCCAUGUAAAGGUAAAACACUGCUGGCUGUCUACGCUGUUGCUUCAAGGAGCUUGAGCUUCUGGGGCUCCAAAUCUGUGUAAAUGUCUUCGUUUUGAAAUGAUAUCCUGGUGUGUUCCAGAGCACCAGGGAUCCUGAGCAAGAAAAAAUGGGGAGGGAUGGGGCCUGGGGAGCUGCUCCUGUUCCUGAUCUCAGGUCAGCACCUGUCCUGCCAGGAGACAAAAGCACCAUCAGCUACUAAAGUUUGCUACAAAUAGCAGCCUGGCAGUGGCAACAAGCAGCUGAUUUCAUUAUGAUGCUGGAUCUCUGGAUCUCUUACAGGAAUGACGCUCCUAGGCUUCUACACCUUCUCCCAGCAUGAUGAUAUGUAGCUCUUUGAGCCCAGUGUACCUGUGCUGCUGGGGCAGGCCCUGUGCCCUGCUCCUGCAUGUAUCCUGCGCAGCCCCUGCCUGCCUGGGCCUUGCUGCUUUCCCCAGUGAGGCUUUGUGACCUCUCACUAGGAACUUUGCUUGGUUUCGCAGAGCAGCAGUGCUGAAGAUCUAAUUUUUUUGAGAUCAAAAUAUGCUUAUAAACAGUCCUGGGAGUUGUGUUGGGCAAGCUGUUGUGACUUAGAGGGAGAAAGCAGUAGGAACAGCUUUGGGAGUCAGCACUCCUGCGUUUCUGCAUUUUUUUAUUUUUUUUUAAUGAGUUGAAGCCUGCUUCCCUUUGCCUCAUCAUUUUCCUCAGGUCUCCCCUAUGAUUAGUUUGCAUUAUGACUCAUUUGGCACGUCUGUCAGUUUACAAGGAGGUUAAAUCAGUGUUUCUUUCCUGCUGAAGUUGAUGGUAUUAAACACCAAGCCGUAAGGGAAGGCGGUGUGCGGAACCCACACAAGCCAUUCUGUGAAAAUGGGUGCUGGCAGAGCAACUGGAGCCGCAAAAAAGCAUCUCUGCUCUCACUGUGCUUGUCUGCACGCUGCUGGGCAAAGCAGGUGGGGAGAGUGUCCUGCUAAAAAUAGCUUCCUGUAUCCUAACCCGCUUGGGAGUGGGCUGGGGAAUGUAAGGUCACAUAGUUUGAAAGAUCCUCCUAGAAACAGUCUCCAUAGUCGAAAUGUAAUAGGCCUUUCUAGGCGUUUUUAGCUGGCUUGGGUAAUUUCUCUGGGAGAUGUUAAGGGUAAUGGGCUUGUCCUGCAGGUUUGACAAUAAAGCUUUUGUUUUUCUUCAUUUAAAAACAUUUACAUUCAGUGAGCUAUUCUUACCCAGCCGGUGAAUGAAAAGGAAAUGACAGUCCUUCCUUCUAAGUUAGUGUAUUCUAAAAUUCCCUAUCGUGUACUGAAAGAAUUCUUGAGCUGCAAGAUGUUAGGUCGUUAAAAUAGGAGUUACCAUGGCCUGCGCCCUGAAGAAGUGGGACUUGGGACAGCUAUCUGCAGGAGGAGCGUUUGACUCUGUCCUGCUACCUGCACCUCUCUGAAGGUCAGAAGAGAUUCUGGGUAAUGAUUGUGCUGGAGAACUGCAGGGGGUCUCAUUGCCUCAUUUCUGCUGUUGUCUCCACCUGGAAUCUGUCGCUUCAUAUUUCACUGUAGUGUCAUGAUGUCUCCUUUUGUCAUUCCUCUUAUUAACAUCUUUUGGGUAUCAGUGGUUGUCCUCUGCAUCCUUACCAGCUGGUUACCUUACUGAUAGCGAGGCACUUUGUGAAGCGCUUUAAGGAAUACUUUGCAAACAGAGCAACUGGAGAACUGCUUGUUAGGAGGCUGCACUGCUUUAUAAGUGGAGUUGUCCUGUCUCAUCUUUCAUCCAGGCCUCGUUGUCCCUUCACGGCUCCUGACAGGCAGCGCUGGUUUGUGCGUGAGUGUUUGAGUUGUGGUUGCAGCUCUCAGAGCUGAGCCUACAGUACGCCUCACUUUGCCAACAGAGAUGGCACAGUGAAGCAUUCGGGACAAGUGAUGGCAUCGUCCCUUUUUGUAUGUGUUGACAGAGGCUGUGUAGGAGGUGGAACUGGUGAGGCCAACGUGAGAUUGAAGAUUUAUGCUGAUUUAUCUCUUGACCUGCUUCAGAAAUGUGGACUAUCUGCUGCGCUUGUGUUCAGUUCAGCAGUUUUCCCCAACAGAAUAUUUUCAAAGCAUUAGAGAUCGCACAUGAAAAAUUCACGCUGUUUUGCUUGGCAGUAAUGCAGAAGGUCAAGUGUUGCACUUAAGAAUGCUACAUGUAAUGUUAAUAGAGAUGAAGGUACUGUUGCAGUACUGACAUGGCUUCAUAGCUGAGUCUGUCCACAAAAAGGCAGAGAAUUACUGUGUCAGACAGAGCCUUAAAUCACAGGGUUGUAUGAGGGUUUUGGGUAACUUAAUCCUUUGUGUUCAUGUUUAUUCCUCAGUAAGUAAAAUUAGCACGUCCUCCCUGCAUAGACAGCGCAGGAGGAAAGCUGAAGGCGUGUGAGCUGCAAAUAAGGAGUAUAAUCAUUACUUGAAACUUAUUACUAAAAAGCAUACAUAACAGGAAUGUACGCUAAGUGUCUGUGCCUGAUGGGCCAUCCUCGGGGAGGGGUGAGCUCUUCCUCUGAUCCCAGAGAGGAGUUUCCUUACAAGUCGGUCACUUAAUGCCGAUUAGUUAUCUGCUUUGCAGAUGGUCCUUGUCUGCCUUAGGUUCACAGUUUACUUGCUUUGGGUUUGCACAGGCUUUACGGAACUUCUGUACCUUUCAUGUGCGUUCAGCUUGUGUAAUUAAUUGUGAUAAAGCAGGAUGGAGUUCUGCUUGAAAUCGGUGCUGUCCAAAGCCUUUGAGUUGUGGGGUCAGACUUGACGAAACCUUCAACUGUUUUACUCUCGUUUGUAUUGAGAAGCCUUAGAAAGCAAAAACGUUCAUUAUAAAACACGUUCUCCAUAGGCAAGAAGGAAUGUGGGUUAGUUCUGAACAUUCAGGCUGGAACGUAUAUGCUGAUGCUGCCUGUAUGCAGGGGCGAGAAGGAGGGCUGUGUAUGACACCUGGACAAUCCAGUGGCACAUUAUUACGUGCUUCCACUUAGGUCCACUGUUUCUGCCUCUUUUCUUCCUUCUGUUCCUUUUGCAUUCUUCUGUUUCUUUUUUUUUUUUUCCCCUGUAAAGCUGUCACCUGAAUUGCAAAUGCGUGUAGUAAUGAAUGAGCUGCCUGCUUCCUGAUACCGUGACCCUGAAAAAUCCAGACUGCCUGGUCUAUGUAAAUGUAAUGUGUUAAACGUAAUUGUUAGCAACUUAAUUGCUCAUUGUGAUGAAGAUGAUGGAUGAACAGGCAAUUAAGGCAAGGCCGGUAGCAUUUUCCUCCCUUCAAGGAAUGCUGAAACACAAUAAUGUUAAAAAUCAGGUGCUUAUUAAUUAAUGCUCGUUGGCAGGGGCUGUGUACCGAAUGAGGCUGGUUCUUGCCCAGGUCAGAAAGUAAUGGAGCUGUGCUGGUGCUGUUGCUUUGCUGAAGAAGCCAGAGAGCUGGGAUUGCGUCCUUCUCGUGCACGCCUUCUGCGCCUGUCUGGCAGGGAGCCCUGCUCGUGGAAGCGCUGCGCACUGAGCGGGGCAUUUUGUCCACUUUGGAACUGACGUCCUUUCUCAAAAAAUGCUAGUGAAAGUGAACGAGCAUCACGUGGGAUUUCAGAAGGAUUUAAAACCUUCGAUUUGAAGACAUAACACUGAUACUUGUGAAAGAUGGUGGAUCGCUUGGCAAACAGCGAGGCAAAUACUAGAAGAAUAAGUAUAGUGGAAAACUGCUUUGGAGCAGCCGGUCAGCCUUUGACUAUCCCUGGUCGCGUUCUCAUCGGAGAGGGAGUAUUAACGAAGCUCUGUAGGAAGAAGCCCAAAGCGAGGCAGUUUUUCCUGUUCAAUGACAUUCUUGUUUACGGUAAUAUUGUCAUCCAGAAGAAGAAAUACAAUAAACAGCACAUCAUCCCAUUGGAGAACGUCACCAUUGAUUCCAUCCAGGAUGAGGGAGACUUGCGGAAUGGGUGGCUCAUCAAGACACCCACUAAGUCUUUUGCAGUUUAUGCUGCCACAGCUACGGAGAAGUCUGAAUGGAUGAACCACAUAAACAAGUGCGUUUCUGAUUUGCUUUCCAAGAGUGGGAAGACUCCUAGUAAUGAGCAUGCAGCUGUCUGGGUGCCAGACUCGGAAGCCACUGUCUGCAUGCGGUGUCAGAAAGCAAAAUUUACCCCCGUCAACCGUCGUCACCACUGCCGCAAGUGCGGCUUUGUCGUCUGCGGGCCUUGCUCUGAGAAGAGGUUCCUUCUCCCCAGCCAGUCUUCCAAGCCCGUGCGGAUUUGCGACUUCUGCUAUGAUCUUCUUUCUACUGGGGAGAUGACUGCUUGUCAGUCCACGAGAUCAGACUCCUACAGCCAGUCGCCUAAGUCUUCUUUAAAUGAUGCAUCUGAUGAUGAUGAUGAUGAAGACAGUAGUGAUUAAAGACCAAACAUUUGUGUUUCAGACCGUACGGAGCUGCUUUUGGGGAAGCCUGUAGUGAGGUUCCCUGGAAAAAUCCUGUUCUAGCCAUAAAACAUGCCUGAAUAUCUUCAAUUGCGAUGUGCCUCGAUCUAUGAGUUCUCUAGACUAUAGAUUUUUCACUCCUCUGCAGGGAUAGACUGUCGCAAAUGUUAUCAGAUUGUUUUCCAAUUUCUUAUACUUGAGUUAUGUCUAGGUUAGACUUUUGUGGAAUAUUGGAAAAUAGAAAGUACUUAAUUUAACAACCCACGCUUCCUAAUGUUACAUAUCGGUAUGUUAUGUGGGUUUUUUUUUUUUUGGUAUGGAGAGGGAAACUGUAAGCAUGUGUAGAACAGCGACGUUUUGGUUAAUCCCAUAGACCAUCUGUUUUUUCUAAACAUGGUAUAUGAUGAGUUGAAAUGUGACAUGACUACAAACCUCAGUGUCACAGAACUUGGGAACUGUCUUGUUUUGCUCUUAUUUAUGACCUCCUAUACCAAGCAGUGCCUUGUAACACUUGUGCUGAUUCAGGAAGAAACAAUCCCAUUCCGUGUUGUCUGUAUUCACCUGAUGCUGAUGUCUGAGAGAUUGUUGGUGCUAUAGAAAAUAACUGCUGUGUUCAAAGCGGAGCUCUCAGCAGGUCACAGCUGCACAGGUGUGGGCUGAGGGGGCCUGGACUCCACGUCCUCACCACUCAGGCAGCCCCAAGGCUGCCGAGCCCCGUGGGCUUGGCCGGGGCUCUCUCUGCAGGAGCUGCGUUGUGGGUUUGGACCUGGAGGUGAGGGUGACUUUUCACAGGGAUAUCCGCACACUUUCUUCUCAGAGCAGUUUAGAAGUCUGUAAUGUGGCAAAUGCAUACUGAGAUUUUAGUGGGGCGAUAAAGGGUUUUGCUGUGAUAGCUUAUAUUUUUGGACAUAUUUCACAAAUGCGACACUAACUUGUUUCUUAAAACGUGGGUGAGAGUUUUUUUUCACUUCUUUCUUCCCAAAUCUUACUGGCUUUGUAUAAGAAUGACCUCAAAUCUUGAACAAGCAGCCUGCAAAUCUGCGUAUGGAAUUGGCUUUCCUUUGUACACAGCUGACCUCAGGAUACAUGUGAGAUGCAAGUUGUUUCAUUCUAAACGUGUACCCAGGACCAAGAAAGACAUAUUUAAGAACUAUAAUAAAAUAGUGCAGAAAACGUCUCUACCAUAGCAUUCAGUUUUAUUCUUCAUAAGUUCUUAAUACAGAAAUGUCAUGUUCCUAUGUAUAUGUAAAGGUUAGACUUGUAAAAACGUGUUAACCCCUCCCCCCCAAAUGCUAUGUUUUUAUAUUUUUAUAAAGGUAAUGUCGAUUUUGAAGGGGAAAAAUAUCUUUGAAAUAGUUGUAUGAAUAUAAUAGCAACUGACUUUAUACAAAAAAAAAGGUUAAACUUUUGUGUAUCUUUAAGUGGCAGUUUCUGCACUGUUUGCCUUGGCUGGCAAUAAUUGGGUUAAAUAUUUAUUGAAUAAACAAUCGAUGCUGCAUAUUGCACUAGUCUCUCCCAUUCUUGUACGCUGUAUGUCAGUCAUUUAAAAUAAUAAUAAAAAAAAAAUUAGCAAAGCUCUUCAAAGCCAUUUCGCUCAGUGAGAUUCCUGGUAGCUAACGAUGCGCUGAGCAUCUUCAGGGAGGCACUCUGCCUUAAUUGUCUGCAGUACAUUGCUUCGGGUGAAAGUAAGGGGAAUGUUUUUAGCUUGGGCAGUUUCUGAAAAUAACUUUUUAAAAGCACUGAAGAGUGUUUGGUCUGCUUUGCAAUAAGCACAAGGAGGGAAAAACACUUUCUGAUAGAUACUGGGGACCAGGAAGGUUGCAUAAGAUUACCAGAUAAGCAAUAUACAGCUGUACAUAUUUAAAGACUGAAAUAAUUACAGAUGCUCAUUCCAUGAAAGACAGGGAGUGGGCAAAUGGGCUGUUCUGAGAAUCCGCUCUCUGUUCAUAGUGCUUACUUUUUGUAUCUCUCUUACUCAGAACAUUUAGGUUUCAGGAAAAGAGACUUGUUAGCUGCAGUUUCUGUACAGAUUCAGAAUGCAAACUUCCCUUGUACAUAUGUUCUAAUGACUAACAGAAAUGUUCUUCCUGAUGCGAUUGUUUUCCUUUCCUACACUGUCAGAUAUUACCUUGUCUUGUUGAAGGUUCAAUCCUACUGUGCAUUUUUUUGGUGUGUUUCUAAAUGUUGUGCUUACUUUCCAGCACUUUGCGGGGGGAAAGGAGUUGGAUCGCAUCCUAUGUUCUGCAGAAUGUUCUUGUAUCUACUUCAAGUACCUUUUCUCUGUGAAUGAAACUUGCACUGAUCCCUGAAGCUGUAACCAAACCGAUGUUUGGGAGGGGGGGAAUUUUUCAUUUGAAAUUGAUGUAUGUGGUUCAAACUUUUUGAGAAAGUAUUAAAAAAGCAGUGUUCUAUGGUAA